AUGGGGUAUAGAUGCAAAUGGAGGAUGUGGAUAUCUGGGUGUUUAAAAUCAGCUAGAGCAUCGGUACUUGUUAAUGGAUCACCCACAGAAGAAUAUGAGAUCAGCAAAGGAGUCCACCAAGGAGAUCCCCUGUCACUAUUUCUUUUCAUUAUAGCCAUGGAGGGGGUAAGCAUUGCUAUGAAGACAGCAUGUGAGAAGGGUAUUUUCAAAGGGAUAAAAAUACCACAUGACGACAUAUCGGUGUCACAUCUCUUCUAUGCGGACGAUGCACUCUUCCUCGGUGAAUGGAAUAAAGAAAACAUCAAGAACCUGGCCUGGAUUCUCAGGUGCUUUCAUGCCAAGGUAAACUUUAAUAAGUCGCAUGUUUUUGGAAUAGGAGCGAAUAUUCACGAGGUAAAUAGAUGGGCAACACCACUUGGUUGUAAACCGACUGUACUACCAUUCACUUAUCUAGGCGUGCCAGUGGGGGCUAAUAUGAAGUUAAAAAAGAACUUGGCUCUUAUCGUGGAGAACUUCCACAACAAACUUUCCUCAUGGAAGGCCAAAAACCUUUCUAUGGGAGGACUUUUAACCUUGAAAAAGGCUGUUCUUGGCAGUCUUCCAUCUUUUAUCUUUUCACUCUGCGUAGCUCCAAAUGGGGUAAUUGAUAAAUUAGAAAAAAUCAGAAGAAAAUUCUUGUGGGGUGGUGUAACGCCUGUGUUUCCGGGCUUGCUAUAUUUAGAAAUAUAA